AAGAUUCCCCCCCGGAGUGGCAAGACAGGCUGAGGGGGAAGGCGGGGAGGGGCGGGGGGGGAUGCAAUGUUAGGAUGGCAGUGCUAAUACGAGUAUCUAACGGGACAUGCGGACCGGCUGAUUUUCUCUACUAAUUCAACAAUAGUGGUGCGUGGGUGGUUGGUUGUGAAGCGUCGCCAUGCCGCUGGUCAAGAGGAACAUCGAGCCGCGCCACCUGUGCCGCGGGGAGCUCCCCGAGGGCAUCGGCAGCGAGCUGGAGUGCGUGAUGAACAACACGCUCUCCGCCAUCAUCCGACAGCUCAGCAGCCUGAGCAAACAUGCCGAGGAUAUAUUUGGCGAGCUGUUCAACGAGGCCAAUACCUUCUACCUGCGCGCCAACUCUCUCCAGGACCGCAUCGACCGGCUGGCCGUCAAGGUCACGCAGCUGGACUCCACCGUGGAGGAAGUUUCCCUGCAAGACAUCAACAUGCGCAAAGCCUUCAAGAGCUCCACUACUCAAGACCAGCAGGUGGUGUCCAAGAGCAGCGUGCCCAACCCGGUGAAGGAGAUGUACCAUUUGAGUGACAAGCCUCCACCACUCAGCAUCCUCUCCUCCUACAGGGAUGACAAGAAGGAAGCGCUCAAGUUCUACACCGACCCCUCCUACUUCUUUGACCUGUGGAAAGAGAAGAUGCUCCAGGACACUGAAGACAAGAGGAAAGAGAAACGGAAGCAGAAGGAACAAAAGCGCUGCGUGGAUGGAACAUUGCAGAGGGAGGUGAAGAAGGUCCGCAAGGCGAGGAACCGCCGGCAGGAGUGGAACAUGAUGGCGCUGGACAAAGAGCUGAGGCCGGACCACCGUCACACCAUACACAGAGACAGAGGCGCCUCCUCCGAAGGCUCCAUGUCUCCAGAGAACAGGGCUCACGGGAUGGACCUGCACCACUAUCCUAACGCCAUGAACCACGCCGGCCACGCCCACACCUACUCGGGCCCGCCGCCCAGCAUGCUGGCCGCCCAGAUGGCGGCGGGCCACGGCCCGCGCGCAGGAGGCGACCACGACGGCAGGGGCGGCAGGGCCAGGGCGGCUUAUCAGGGCGGCACGCUCGGCCGCCCCCGCCAGCAUCAACAGCACGUCCCGCUGCCUCCUCCGCCCGCCGAGGCCAUGAACGGCGGCUCCGUUCCCUUGCCUCCUAUGGACUACAGCCUGGAUGGUUACGCCAACACGGGGCCUCCGCCCCCGCCCCCGGCUCCUCUCAUCCCCUCGGCCCUGACGGCCUUCGCCUCGCCACCCGGAGGGCCCAUGUCUCCCGGGGGCUACGCGCCGCCUCCUCCGCCCGUAUGCGGUGGAGCGGCCGCCCCGCCGCCUCCUGGGCCUCCGCCACCACUUCUCCAAGCAGGCGCCUCCCACGCUAUGGCGCACAUGUCGUCGCCCGUGCCCGGGGAGAGCAACGUGGUCAACGAUGCUCGCAGUGACCUCUUGGCGGCCAUUCGUAUGGGCAUCCAGUUGAAGAAGGUCCAAGAGCAGCAAGAGCAGCAGGCCAAGCGGGAGCCCGUGGGCAACGACGUGGCCACCAUCCUGUCACGCCGCAUCGCGGUGGAAUACUCGGACUCCGAGGACGACUCUGAGCUGGAGGACAACGACUGGUCCGAUUGAAGCGCGCCCGCACGCGCACGCACACACACACACACAAGCAAGCACUGUAAUCACAUGCUGUAUAAGCUGAAGGGUCCACAAGCUGUAAGAAGCACUGUAAAGAAGUCCAUAUUCUGUAACCUUGACCACUCCCCGCAACUUUAACGUCUUGCUGGAUGCUUUUCAAGCACCGUGAGGGACCCCCCCCCCCCUGCCUCCUUCCCCCCAGUGUGCCUGUUGUAAUGCUGCACUCACACGUCUCGUAUCAUUUGAUGUAUAUGCCACUUGUGUUAGAUUCAGCUAAAGACUUUCCUCCUGAGCUAACCCCUUCCUUCUUUUUUUUACUCAACAUAACAGCUAUAGAUCCCCAGCUACAGCACGGUUGGGCAACCUGUGGCGACAAUGUGUUAAUUCUGAUCUGGAGCGAGGAUUUGAACCAAAUGGAGAGUGUCAGGAGUGGAGUUAAUGCAUCUGUACAGUUUGACCAGUAGAGGGCGCCUAUGACUCUCAUAGGACACUUGCUUCUACUCUGACCUUGUUGAGGUGAGUUCCUGUCUUUUGGAAAAUCACCAAACUUUGUCCACAACUCGCACUCCUUUAGUGCUUAAUUUUGACCCUAAAUUUGCUACUUCAAACCAAAAUGACCGAAGUGAAACUGUCUUCAGUGGGUUAAAGAUUUAAAAGGGAAAGCAUGUUCCAAAGACCAGAUGCUUAUAAAAUAAUCAACCCCACCCAGACGCAAUGACGACAACUCAGAUCUGUGUCAUUGAAAUGACACAAAAUCUCUUGUAAUUAGCCUCAAUUCAAACCAAAUUGACAGACUUUGUGUUUUUUCCAAGAAUAUUUUCACGAGACUUUUUGGACUCAAGUCCACCAAAUCAAGUGAAAUGAAACCAUUUCUAAAUGCAUACUAUAGCCCAAGAGGAAUAGUUAAGCCUUAAAGGACCCCUGGAAAUGUCCAGAAUGACUCUAAAAUGGCCGCAUGCAUGGAUACAUUUUGUUUACUGAAGAAAAAAAAAAAAAAGGUUGCCCAGCCCUGCUGUGAACAGCGAGGAUGUAGAUGUGAUCAAAAUAAUUGACAGUCGAAGCUGUGUCAUUUAUACGGUCUAGUGUGAGCUUUGUAAAACCAGAGACUAAUAAUAAAUAAAUAAAACCAAAACAUGAA